AUGACCACUUUCCACAGACUACUCCCGCCUAUAGCAAUCCUCUAUCUCUGCAACUUCUUCGACAGAUCCAAUGUAGGCAACGCCAAAAUCCUAGGUCUCGAGGAUGAUCUUCACCUCACCAACCACCACUAUGCCGUCGCCUUGUCCAUCUUCUACGUCUUCUACGUUGUCUCAGACCUCCCGUCAAACCUCUUCCUCAAAACUGCCACCCCUAGGCUCUGGCUCCCCAUCCUAGCUAUCUUAUGGGGGAUCGUCGUGAUGUGCAUCGGCUUCGUCCGGAACUUCGCUGAAUUCGUCGUUGUACGCUCGCUGCUCGGCAUCUUCGAGGGUGGGUUGUAUCCCGGCUCGCUGCUGUAUCUUUCAAUGAUGUACACGAAGGAAGAGUUAGCACUGCGAGUGGGCAUAUUCUACUCUUCCGCGUCGCUAUCGGGGGCCUUCGGUGGUCUACUUGCCUCCGGGCUCUCGCACGUCCCGAAAACGUCAAUAGUGGAUGGGAAAUGGCGAUGGAUCAUGAUCAUAGAGUACAUCUUAACCAUCCUCUGCGGCAUCAGCGCAAUCUUCCUGAUCCCGAACUCCGUGGAAACUGCCAGCUUCCUCACUCCCACCGAGCGCUCGCACGCCAUCAUUCGCGGUAUCCUCUCGCCCCAGCUCUGGCUCAACGCAACCGCAUAUUUCGCUAUAUGCUGCGCUCUCUACUCAUUCAGUCUCUUCUUACCCUCGAUCAUCGUAUCCCUAGGCCGCUCCGGCAGCAAAGCCCAACUCAUGACCGUCCCGCCGUACGCCGUAGCCGCUGUGACAGGCACUUUAGUUGCCUUCUUAUCUGACCGACUGCGGUUGCGCGGCGUCCUUGUGCUCUUCACCCUACCUCUAGGUGUGAUCGGUUACGCAGUGAUUGCGCGAGUGGAGAGCGCCUCCGUCAAGUACGGGAUGACCUUCCUAAUGGCCGUCGGUAUCUACUCAUCAGUACCACCAAUAUUGGUAUGGCUGCUAAAUAACAGCGCUGGGCACUACAAGCGUGCCACCUCAGGUGCUAUGCAGCUGGUGAUAGCGAAUUGCGGGGGAAUCGUGGCCGCGUUUCUCUAUCCGAAUGAUCAGAAGCCGGUGUAUUAUGAGAGUCAUAAUGUUGUGAUGGGGUGCCUCUGCUAUGCUUGGUUGGCUGUCCUGAACGUUUUGUACUGUCUGAAAGUUAACAAAGAUAAGGCCGAAGGAAAAUAUGACAAGUACAUCGGGUACGGAGACGACAGAGAUCCAUCCUUCAAGAUGAUUCUCUAAAAGCACAACCUGGAGCCUAAGUCUCCUGCAACCACAAAACUUUGCCCUUCCAUAGCAUACCUAGAUAGAAGCCCCCAUCCCAAUCCAAUCCAACCCACC